GAGACAUGUGAGUUGUGACUCUUGCGAGUAUUUGCCUAUAGGCUAUUACACUUGACUUCAAAACUCCCAGUUGCUGCUCUGCAAACACUUGAACAAGAAAGAAAAACAAUGGCGUACAUAAGCAUGGGCGAAGCGCACAGAAGAAUAACAGAUUACCUCAACAGCUACUCCGACGCCAUUGCUACUCAAAACGGACCUUUACUUCGUCGCCUCCUUUCUUUCUCCUCCAACAAUCCCAAACUCCUCUCUGUUGCCGACGCUCUCAACAUUUUCCAGGAUGUGAGUAGGUUGAUCAGACAAUCACAUGAAACUUUGGUUCCAUUACUUCGAUCUUUGCAGUGUUACAAGCUUGGUCAAUUGGUUGAUGCUUAUAAUUCCUAUGAGAAAUUUGCCAAUGCAUUUAUACAGGAAUUUCGGAACUGGGAAUCGGCGUGGGCGUUGGAAGCGUUAUAUGUUGUUGCUUAUGAGAUUAGGAUUAUUGCUGAGAGGGCUGAUAGAGAGUUGGCAUCAAAUGGUAAAACCCCGGAUAAAUUGAAGGCGGCUGGUUCUUUUCUCAUGAAAGUUUUCGGUGUCCUUGCUGGAAAAGGGCCAAAACGUGUUGGAGCCUUGCAUGUGACUUGUCAGUUGUUCAAAAUCUACUUCAAGCUUGGUACUGUCCAUCUUUGUCGAAGUGUAAUAAGAAGCAUUGAGACUGCUCGUAUAUUUGAUUUUGAGGAGUUUCCACCCAGAGAUAAGGUGACUUACAUGUAUUAUACGGGCCGACUUGAAGUUUUCAAUGAAAAUUUCUCAGCUGCUGAUGAGAAAUUGUCAUAUGCUCUGGCUCAUUGCCAUCCUGACCAUGCAGCCAAUAUAAGGAUGAUCCUGAAAUAUCUGAUACCUGUAAAGCUUUCCAUAGGCAUCUUGCCUGGAGAAUUACUGUUGCAUAAGUAUAAUCUUCUUGAGUACAGGGAUGUUGUCUUAGCUCUUAGAAGAGGUGAUCUGCGAUUACUACGGUGUGCUCUCCAAGAACACGAAGAUAGGUUCUUGAGAUCAGGUGUUUACCUUGUUUUAGAAAAACUUGAGCUGCAAGUUUACAGAAGAUUAUUGAAAAAGAUCUAUACCAUCCAAAAACAAAAAGAUCCAAGUAAAGCACAUCAGGUGAAAUUGGAUAUAAUAGUGAAAGCACUGAAAUGGCUUCAGAUAGACAUGGAUCUUGAUGAGGUGGAAUGUAUAGUUGCAAUUCUUAUUCACAAAAACCUUAUAAAAGGGUACUUUGCACACAAGAGUAAAGUCGUAGUUCUGAGCAAGCAAGACCCUUUCCCCAAACUAAUGGGCAAGCCGGUGGGUCUGUGAUAUUUAAAAAAGGUUAACAUCUUUCUGAUCAAUAUGCUUCAAGUGUCAAGGCCUCGAACUAGUUGAUGCAAAACAAGCUGACAGUUGUAUUUAUUCCAACUGCUGAAUGAACGAUUGAUAGCCAAUGCAGAUAUGCAGCUGUCCACUCUGAAAUAGCCAAGGGAUCGUAGACUUUCUUUAGCUUGGUCUCAUUGCUUCCAAAUUUUGACACGGCUUGUAAAAUCCUGUAAUUUAUAGUUGAUUGGCUUGUGUUAAACUGCUAAUCAAUUUCACCUGGAUGUACUUUAUUUGUAUGUCUCUUGUGCUUUGGUUUAGUAUCUCUAGCAUAGCACUAACUUGGAAGAGCGUCAAUGUGUUAUUGUUUGAGACCUAAAUUGUGUCUCCACAUGUACGGUUGGGAUUCACUAGUCCCAAGCUAGUCUCAACAAUACUUAUAGAGGUUGUGACAUAAUUGGGAAGGCAGAUUUUGAAUAAGAUAGGCAUGUUCCAUAA